ACAGCGGGAAGCACCGCUCUCCUGGACACCCUAAGUGUGUGUGCUAGGUCUGUCCACCUGCUGCAGGUGCAGAGGUGACCGCGCGCCGGGGCCCUUUCCGGGUCUCCCAAAGUCCCCUUCAGCCCUUAGAGUGAAAAGGAGGGGCGUUUUGUGGUCUAGCGGGAAGUCUUUUUUAACCCAUGCAUCUAAGUUAGAGGACAAUUAACUGUUCAGCCAUUGCACCCCGGACAGCACGAGGGUGCUGGAGAGAUGUGGGAGCCGUGCGAGCCGAAGGAGAGGCUCUAGCCUGGGUGGCGUGUUCCGGAACCUAUCAUUCGAAUUAGCCGAGUCAGGCAGAGAGGGGGCGGGGAGUGCUUCCGCCCUUGCUAGGAGGGGCUGCAUUGCAGGGGAGACCCAGCGGCCGACUUUGUCACAGACGAGGCAGAAGGCGUGAGCAGACAAAGCCGUCUCAUCACCAACAGCUUCCUUCUGCAGCCUCCUCCUCUCCGGUCCAGAGCAGACCCCCGAGCCCCUGAGGCAUUCUCUCCAUCUUCGGAACACGCCAGUCAUUCAUUGAUAACAGGGAAUUAUGAGGGACCCUGUGAGUAGCCAGUACAACUCCUUUCUUUUCUGGAGGAUGCCCAUCCCAGAACUGGAUCUGUCGGAGCUGGAAGGCCUGGGCCUGUCAGAUACAUCUACCUACAAGAGCACAGACAGCAACGGUGGCAAAAUGGGCGGUCAGGCAAGCGGAGCAGAGCAGAAGAACCCAGAUGAUCCCCUCCUUGAAUUCAGCACCUUCAACUUCUGGAGAGCUCCCAUUGCCAGCAUCCACUCCAUCGACUUGGACUUGCUCUAAGGCCAAAGCUGCUCUCUCCCACCCCUUACCCCACUGCCUUCCCUUUUAAGCCCCAUCCUUUCUAAGCCUUUCCCAUCUAAUACUGUUCUCUUCCCUCUAUUGUGCUGGUGGUGCUGAUGAAUCUGCCAAUUUAAUUGUAUGUUUGUAUGUAUUUAUGUAUUUAUUUCUUAUUUAUUUAUUUAUUUAUUUAUCUGCCUACUCCAUUUCUCUCAAAAGCCUUCUAGGCACAAAGUCAAGGGUUCAGUCACAGGAGAACUAGAUCACGGGAUUUCCACCCCAAUCCCAAGGAUAUUAACUAGUCCCAGAAAACCAUCCGUAUUGGGGCACCAGAGAGAAGUACAGUUGUGCAAAAUGGGAGACCGAUUUUUCUUUUUUCGUUACAUUUUAAUCAGCUUCAGGGAUUCUUUGAUCCUCCCUGAUUUCCUGCACGAGGCCAGUAAGCAAAUAUUUCAAGAAGUAGUGAGGAACCUGGAAAUUCUGAGAUGCUUCCUACAAAGCAGGAUGCCUAAAAGGCUAGGUAGUAAGUUCUGUUUCUUGUCGUGCAGAAACAUGGGUGGUCAUGGGUAUGAGAGGAAAUAAUGCAUCCUGGGGAACGGGAGUGAGGAAAAGCCUGGAAUCCACCUUACAGCUCCGCUCCCAGCUGUGGGUUGGGAGAAAAUCAGAUUUCAGUCUUCAUGGGGAAACCUUGGUGUAGGAUAAUCCAUAAAAGGCAAAAGAUUUAUAUGAUCUAAAGAGAAACCAGAGUAUAUUAGCAUAAUUUAUAUAAAGUUGUGAUUCAGUCAUGGAACAGGCGGAGUGUUUUGGUUUUUUGCACUUUCGCUUUGCCUUUCUGUAGUUGCGGUACGUGAUAGGAGCCAAUGGUUCCUGGGCAUAGUUCUUCAGCCACUGGAAGACCGUGAAAUAAGCAAUUAUAUUCAGACCCUACACCUGUCCCUCUUCCUUCCAAAGUUAUUGCUGCUGAGUUGUGCUGCCAUUUGUUCAUUUAUUUAAUAAAGAUGUUAAAGCCUA